ACCUAAAUUUACAUUUACAAAAUGGCAGGUGAAGCGAGCGAAGAUUGCUUGUCUUGUUACCAUGCCAAUUUCUAGCGUUUUUGUACGUAAGAUUACUCAGUUGUAGAUAAUCUAAGUUUUGUGUAUUUAUAUGUAUAAACAGAACAAUGGACGCUAGUGUAAAUAAUGGGAUAUGCCGGUGCUGUGCCUCGGAAGGAACAUUCAAAGUUUUGACUGGCACAUACCAGUGGAUGGGUGAGGAAGAAGUUUAUGCCGAUAUGUUGAAAGAAUGUUUUGAUAUUAAACUAACCUGUUCUGAAGACAAUAGAGAAGGCGGCAUUUGUGAAGUUUGCAUCACUCAGCUCAGAAACGCCAGUAAUUUCAAGAAACAAGUGUUAUACACUGAGAAUCAAUUAAAAAACCGUCUACAAGACAACCUUUUUAGAAACAGCAUAAAGGUGGAAGUGCCAGGUCCAGAUGAAGCCGUUGAUUCGGACAAUGAUAACAAUGCAUCAGACGAUUUCUCUGGACCAGAAUUCGAAGUUCCUAUAAAAGUGGAGGUGCCUGAGGAAUCGAAGCCAAAAAAACGGAUGACCAGGGCUGUGGGGUCCAGAUCUAAGAAGGCCAAAACUGAACACGGCGAAUCCUCAACCAAACGAAGAGACGGGGAGGCGACCAAGAGAAAGAGAAAGAAAAAAAAGGGAGAAGUGAGCGCAACGCCAGAGAGAGUCGAACACAGAGUAAAUCUUACUGCAAUUCUACAGUACUCCAACGCUAGCCCUUUUAGAGACAAGACAAUAAGAGGUUUCUCAUGUCUAUAUUGCGCUGAAUACUUCCAAACCAUAGACGAACUACGCGCCCAUACCGCCCUCCAAUCAGAAAAGGAUAAAUUAAACUCCAUGAUCGAUUACAAACUCAGCUAUAACCCAAUCAAAUUGGAUAUAACAGAUCUAAAAUGCAUAGUUUGCGACAUACCUAUGAGAGAUCUCAACGAUCUAAAAGAUCAUCUGAUCAGCAUCCAUAAUAGAACUAUAUAUAAAAAUAUAAAAGACAUAAUAUUGCCCUUUCGUUUGGAGAACGGUCAGAAUUUCACGUGUGACAUAUGUUCAGCUAUACAUGUGUCGUUCAAGAAUCUGUAUCACCAUAUGAGCAGUCAUUAUAGGAAUUAUUGCUGUAAUAAGUGCGGUGUGGGGUACAUCACUAUAGCGGCUUUGCGGAAACACGGGAAGACUCACGCGCAGGGCAUAUUUCCUUGCGCGUAUUGCGAGAAGUCAUACACGUCUUUGACUAAGAAACGGAACCACGAGAAGGGUGUCCACACUGGCGGUUGGCUGCGGAACAAGUGUCCACACUGUCCGGAGAUUUUCGUCAGUUACUAUGACAGGAGUGAACAUCUGGUUAGAGUACACAAUGAAGCACCAAUUGUGUACCCGUGUAACGCUUGCAAUAAAACUUAUAAAAAGAAAUUUGAGCUGAACAGACAUAUAAAACAUCACCAUCUGCAACAGCGGAGUUUUAUGUGUGACAAGUGCAAUUCCAAAUUUUUUUCUAAGCGCGGUUUAGUCGACCAUUUGUCGAGGCAUUUGGGCGGUGAAGUGUUUACGUGUGAUGUGUGCGGCAAAAGUUUUUCAAGACAAAGAACAUUGAAGGAACACGUGAAACUUCACGAAGACGAUAAAAGAUAUCAAUGUGAAAUAUGCAAAAAGACUUUCAUGCAAAAGUGUAGUCUAAAAAGUCACGUUCGAUUGCAUCAGGAUGAUUUAGAUAUAUUCAAGGAGUUUGACGACGUGAAACAUUUGAUUGACAACCGGGAGUUGACGCUGAAAGAGAUAGCCGCUGAAAGUAGGAAGAAAGAACAGGAGGAGAAGAUGAAGAAUGAUUUCACCGAGGGAUGCUAGUUUAGCACCUUUUUGUACUGAGGCGAAGCAUUUUAAGAAGUUCUGGCUUGAUGUCGUCAAGGAUGAUAUGCGUGACAAUGGUCUGACAACUAGGGAUGACCGUCGACCGUGCGAAGUGCAUAAGAAAUAGUUGGAACCCUAGGCUUUGAUGCUUAACGGCUGAGGAAGUAGCCGAGAAAACGCUCAAAUAAGUAUUGGAGCUUAAGCUCCGCUUUCUUACUUUUUCACCCUCACUACGCGCGGUCGUCGCAUCCCUAGUUGUCAGACCAUUAUCAACGCAUAACUUUAACGACAUCAAGCCAGCAUUUCUUGAAUUAUGGGUGAAUUUCACGAGCGUUUUGAGCUCCGCCGCGGGCUCUCAUUAGUGUUUAUUAAAUUGUACGGUCAGCAGCAGAUCAAAUUACCCCACAUGAACCUUUAUGGCGCGGUAACAGCGGCGAGUUUGCAAUGAAUUUGGGUAGGUUGAUGUGCUGUUGACUUUACUCAAUUUAAUUAUCCUAUUUUAUAAAUAGUACUGGUACAAUGUUACAUUUUAUAAAAGUAGGACACUAAUGAAACGCUACACGCCGCGUUCAAACGCUCGUGAAUUUCACCCAUUAGGCCCUUCUGCCAAGGUCAGGCGGAAGCGGCGUAGCCUGACAUUUCUUCCCGUCACCUGCGAACCAGGUGCGCAUUUUGUAACUUAGAUUUUUCGCCACAAUACCACAUUGUGCCCUAAAAAGGUAUUUUAAUUAUUGUAAUUACGCGCGUCUAUUUGGGGCUUCAUAGAUCUUAUUUUAAUACUUAAUGUAAAUAAAUUUAGUUUCUGUAAUCCUGUAUAUUGAGAAAACGACAUGACAAAUAUAUAUUAAUACAAGAACACGCCCUCAGUCCAUCUGUCCACUAGCGCCGCCAUUACAUAUUUAUCGAUUUAUUUUAAGUAAUAGCGAAAAAUUGUCUUACACAUCUCGUCAAAACGCUAAAUACUUCAGCUCUUCAGGUCUGAACGGGUAAUAAAAGUUAUUGUGCGUGGAUUCUUAGCUAGACUGAGUCGACCGCGCGAGCGAAUGAGUAGCAGCUGUCGUGUCACGAGUUAAUUUAAAGAAAUUGAUUAAAAUGUCAAGGUGGCGCUAGUGUUCGAGUUGGCUCAGUCUUAUGCCGGUCACACACUAUGGACGAACUCGGACGCCGACGCGAAUGAAAUAGCGUAGUUUGUAUGAGAGCUCUUAUUGACUGCAAUGAAAAACCAGCAAUGUACGACGGAUUCAACAAAAAUUUCGGCGAUAAUAUAUAUAUAUAU